CGGUGGAAAAGGAACCGGACUGACAUGUCCUGGAAAACAGACGCGCUGGCCACAACUCAUAAGGUCACGUCAAAAAAAACAGCAAAGAAGAAGAAGGAGGAGGAGGAGGAGGAGGAGGAGGAGACGACGAUGACGACUACCACUACGAAGAAGAAGGGGAAGAGGAAGAAGGGGGAAAGGAAGAAGGCAGAGGAGGAGGAGGAGGAGGAGAAGAAGACGACGACGACAAAGACGGCGACGACAAAGAAAGGGAAGGGGAAGAAAAAAAAGGGGAAGAAGAAGAAGGGGAAGAAGAAGAAGGGGAAGAAGGGGAAGAAGGGGAAGGGGAAGAAGAAGAAGGGGAAAAAAGGGGAAGGGGAAGAAGGGGAAGAAGGGGAAGAAGAAGAAGAAGAAGGGGAAGAAGGGAAAGAAGGGAAAGGGGAAGAAGAAGAAGGGGAAGAAGAAGAAGGGGAAGCAGGGGAAGGGGAAGAAGGGGAAGAAGGGGAAGAAGGGGAAGAAGAGGAAGAAGAGGAAGAAGAAGAAAGGGAAGAAGAAGAAGAAGAAGAAGAAGAAGAAGAAGAAGAAGAAGAAGAAGAAGAAGAAGAAGUGUGGGAAGGGGAAGAAGAAGAAGAAGAAGAAGGGGGGGGAGGGGAAGAAGAAGAAGGGGGGGAAGCGGAAGAAGGGGAAGAAGGGGAAGGGGAAGAAGGGGAAGAAGGGGAAGGGGAAGAAGGGGAUGAAGGGGAAGAAGGGGAAGAAGAAGGGGAAGAAGGGGAAGAAGGGGAAGAAGAAGGGGAAGAAGAAGGGGAAGAAGAAGAAGAAGAAGGGGAAGAAGAAGAAGGGGGGGGCGAAGAAGAGGAAGAAGAAGAAGAAGGGGAAGAAGAAGAAGAAGGGGGGGACGAAGAACGGGAAGAAGAAGAAGAAGGGGAAGAAGAAGAAGGGGGGGACGAAGAACGGGAAGAAGAAGAAGAAGGGGAAGAAGAAGAAGAAGGGAGGGAAGAAGAAGGGCAAGAAGACUAAGAAAGGAGGGGAGAAGAAGGGGAAGAAGACGAAGGGAAGAAGA